CUGGUACAAAGUCCCGCCAGCCCAGCGUCUCCUUUUUCUGUCCUACACCUUCUUUUUUCCUUCUUUCCUUCAUUGCCACAGCCAUACUUCACAAUGGAUUACGACACCAAGACCCCUCAGUCCGUUACAAGCGACCCCAAGUCCUUUGCUAGCGACUCUGUUCGCAGCAGAUGGCCCGUCAUUCUGACCGGCGCCAUUGACGACCUCUACCGCUCCGUCGGCAAGGCAGAAGACCCCGAGAAGCAGGCCGAAGGCAAGAAGAUUGUCGAGCAGCUCGGCGCCCUCAAGUACGAAGUCCAGCACGACCGCGUCCUCAGCCCCCUCCCCGAGGACGGCUUUCCCGAAGAAACCGCCGCCUACAACAAGGAGCUCGAGCAGCGCGGCAACCCGACAUGGCUCGACGUCCCCUGGCUCUUCUCCGAGUGCUACAUGUACCGCCGCAUCAGCAGCUUCUUCGCGCUCAGCACGCACUGGAAGGGCUACGACCUGUUUGCGCGCCAGAAGAUCGACACCUUCCGCACCUCCCGCAAUGCUGUCCUCGAGCUCGCCGCGCGCUACCGCGAGUUCAUUGAGCAGACUAAGACGGCUAAGCCCGACGAGGCUACCGAGGAGAUUCUCUUCCGCGAGUUCUUUGAGAUUUGCCUCUGGGGCAACGCCACCGAUCUGUCGCUCCUGACAAACAUGACCUACGAGGAUAUCCAGAAGCUCCAGGGCAGCGAGGCCCGCAAGAAGGCCGAGAACAACAUCCUCUCCAACGAUCUCCCUGCCGUGUAUGAGAUCCUCAAGAAGGCCCGUGCUGAGGGCAAGGCUGAGCGCCGCGUCGACAUUGUCCUUGACAAUGCUGGCUUUGAGCUCUAUGUCGAUCUCAUUCUUGCUGGGUUCCUCCUUGCUACGGGCCUGGCUACCCAGAUUGUCAUCCGCCCCAAGUCGAUCCCCUGGUUCGUCUCGGACGUGCUACCUACUGACUUCAGCGCUCUGCUCAACGCCAUCUCCAACCCCCGUGCCUUCUUUGAGACCCAGACCGACGAGGAGGCUACGCUAGAUAAGACCCCUGCGCCUCUCACGCAAAAGGAGAAUGAUGACCUGCUCUUUGUCUUCCAGGACUGGGCUAUGUGCCACGCCGAGGGACAGCUUGUCAUGCGUCCUAACCGCUACUGGACUGCCGGCGGCAGCUUCUGGCGUCUGCCCCACGAGCAGCCCUCUCUUGCUGACGAGCUCAAGGAGGCCGAGAUUGUCAUUUUCAAGGGCGAUCUCAACUACCGCAAGCUGACUGGCGAUGCCUGGUGGGACCCUACAACCUCCUUCACAGAGGCCAUUGGCCCCAUGGGCGCUGGCUCGGGCAUCAACGUCUUGUCUCUGCGAACUUGCAAGGCUGAUGUCGUUGUUGGGCUUCCGGCCGGCAAGGACGAGGAGCUUAGAGCUCUUCCUAAUGGCGGCGGCGACUCUGGUUCCCGUAAGUGGGCUUGGGGCGGCAAAUGGGCCGUCGUGUCAUUGUCCAAGGGACAGUAAACAAAGACGAUGGGUGGGAUACCAUGAUGGUUGAUUAUAAUGACGCUUUACUUUAGGGACUGAAAAAAUGCAUGUUUAUUAUGAUAGAUUUUAUAGAAUUAUCUUUUCAAAUAGAAAUGAAAAGAAAGGUAGACAAUCUAGGUUUCUCCCUCUGUGA